AUGAGAAAGCCAACACUAAUUGUUAUUGGGGCAACCGAAUGUGAAAAUUUUCGUGGCGAGAUCGAGUUUUCCGACUUCGAUGACAGUUUUGAUCUGAUACUGGGGAUGCUCUGGUUGCAAUAUAUCCAACCAAGAAUCGAAGAUGCAGGUUUACACAUAUGUGGUGUGUAA